AUGGCUGCCAAGCGCAGCACGUCGCGCAUCUUUCGCGGCUCGCGGGUGGAGGACCAGGUGGCGCUGUGUUCCAGCGUCGCGCCCGCUCGAGACGAUUCCGCGCUCUCGGACCAAAGCGACAACGCUUUAGGCUCAAGUACCAGCGGUUACAACACCUUGGGCAGUCCAGCACUGCUCCAGUCUCCUAGACAGAUACGACGUAAGAGCAAACAGACAAAAGAGCAGCUUCUGGACGAGGACGAACUCGUGGACUAUGCAGCACAGCACACUCCCGCGUCUACGUCGGGAAGUGGUCAACCAGGAGCAGCAGCAGGAGCGCCAGGCCCGGACGAAACCUUACGAGAAGUCUAUUUUAACUAUGCCCCGGGCAACGCUGUAUUCGACAAGUGCUCGAACGUCGUAGUGACGUCCAAGUACAACGUGGCCACGUUCCUGCCCAAGUUUCUGAAAGAAAGCUUCAGUAAGGUGGCCAACUUCUUCUUCCUAAUGGUCUGCGUGCUGCAGAGUAUCCCCAGUAUCAGUAACACGUACGGCUACCCGACCAACGCGCCGGUCUUGUUCUUCGUUAUCUCGAUCGACGCCGUGUUCGCUGUGAUGGAGGAUUUACGACGUCACCAAUCGGACAACGAGGCCAACUCCGCGACAUGCCACGUGAUUCAGGACGGACAGGUCGUGGAUAAGAAGUGGGCGGACAUUAAAGUCGGGGACUUUUUACAGAUCCGCAACCGAGAAGUGAUCCCGGCCGACGUGCUGGUGCUCGCCGUCGCGGAGCCCGUGGGCGAGCCGCCCAGCGGGAUUUGCUACGUCGAGACCAAAAGUUUGGACGGCGAGACGAACCUCAAGCUGCGUCAGGCGGUGGCCGCGACCAUGAGCUCGCUCUCGAACGCCGCGGAACUGGCGCUUCUUCGCGGCGUCAUCAAGUGCGAGCAGCCCAACCCGCACAUCAACAAGUUCGCAGGCAAAGUGGAAGUCACCGUGGGCGACGGCUGCGGCGUGGAAGUGAUGCCGCUAUCAGUUAAGAACGUCUUGUUACGAGGCUGUAACUUACGUAACACGGACUGGGUCUUCUGCCUCGUGCUCAAUACCGGUAACGAUACCAAGAUCAUGCAGAGUGCCAGCGCCGCGCCGUCCAAGUGGAGCGACUUGAUGCUGAAUAUCAACCGCAUGAUCGUCAUUUUGUGCUUGGGGCUGUUUGUUGCCUGCGCCAUGGCGGCAACUUGUUACAUCACGUGGCAGUACGACAUUGUGCGCAACGCCUGGUACAUCCAGCUCUCCGAAUCGGAGAGAAACCGCACGCGCCUCGUGGCGUUUAUCCAGAUGCUGUUCUACUAUUUCUUGCUGUUAUAUCAGGUGAUCCCCAUCUCGCUCUAUGUGUCCAUGACAAGUGUCAAGUUCCUGCAGUCGCGCUUCAUGUCGUGGGACCUCGAAAUGUACCACGCGGAAACGGACACACCAGCUAUCGUACGCACGAUGGAGCUGAACGAAGAGUUGGGCCAGAUCUCGUACGUUUUCAGUGACAAAACCGGCACGUUGACGUGCAACGUCAUGGAGUUCCGCAAGUGUUCCAUCAACGGCACCUCGUACGGCUCCGGUAUCACAGAAAUCGGACGCGCUGCACUCGUUCGAGCCGGGAAGCCGAUCCCUCCCGAGCCCAAACUGGACCCGAGUGUCAAGAGUAUUCCGUUCGUGAAUUUCGUGGACAAAUCUCUGUUCGACAGCAUGAAAGGCAGUGCGGGCGAAGAGCAGAAGGAGAAGAUAAUGCAGUUCUUUGAGCAUCUCGCAGUGUGCCACACGGUCAUCCCAGAGAAGCUCGAGUCGGGCGAAGUGCGCCUGUCAGCGUCGUCUCCUGACGAACAGGCUCUCGUGGCUGGAGCUGCCUUUGCAGGGUUCAAGUUCGAGAGUCGCCGUGUGGGGACAGCGCUGGUGGACGUGCUGGGCCAACGCGUGACCUAUGAAGUGCUGGAUGUGCUCGAGUUUAACAGUACGCGUAAGCGAAUGUCUGUCGUGGUGCGUAAACCAAGCGGAGAGCUGCUGCUGUACACGAAAGGGGCCGACAUGAUGAUCUACCAGCGCUUGAAAGACGACCCGGCGAUGCUCAAGCUCAAGAACAUCACGCGAGACCACAUGGAGAAAUACGCAGACGACGGCUUGCGGACAUUGGCGCUUGCAGUCAAGAAGCUGGACGAGCGCUGGUUCCAGCAGUGGAAGAUGCGCUUCGACGACGCUCAGGGCAACGUGGCAGAGAUCGACCGACGCAAAGACGGCAAACCGAACGCUAUCGACGCUCUGAUGGAGGAGAUUGAGGAGGGUUUAGAGCUCAUCGGCGCCACAGCUAUCGAAGACAAGCUCCAAGACGGAGUGCCGCAGUGUCUGGCCAACUUGACGCGAGCAGGGAUCAAAGUGUGGAUGCUCACAGGCGACAAGGAAGAGACGGCGAUCAACAUCUCGUACGCCUGUUCUCUGCUCGACAACUCGAUCCAGCAGGUCAUAGUGAACGCCACAACGUGUCCAGAUGAGGCAGCGAUCCGUGCCAAGCUGAAUGCUGCAGCCAGGGAGUUCCUGGACGGUGCCAAGGGCAUGGCAGGCGGCAGUGAGAAGGAAAUCUCGCUGGUUAUCGACGGCGAAGCGCUGGAGAUGGCUCUGCGACCAGGAACGGCACCGCACUUGCUGUCGUUUGCCAAGCUGUGUCGUGCAGUGAUCUGCAACCGAGUGUCUCCUGCGCAGAAGGCAGAGAUGGUCAAGCUGGUGCGAGAUAAUAUCACGACGGUCCGAACUCUGGCAAUUGGUGACGGCGCCAAUGACGUGGCGAUGAUCCAAGCUGCUCAUGUGGGCGUAGGCAUCUCUGGACAGGAAGGAAUGCAGGCUGUGAACUCGAGUGAUUACGCUAUCGCCCAGUUCCGCUUCUUGGAACGCUUGUUGUUGGUUCACGGACGUUGGAACUACAUUCGUAUCUCCAAACUGGUGCUCUACAUGUUCUACAAGAACAUUACACUGGUACUGGCGCAAUACUGGUACGGGUAUCUCUCGGGAGCGUCAGGCUCGAAAAUGUACUGGGAGAUCGGCGUCCAGCUAUACAACGUCGCCUUCACGGGCCUACCAAUCGUGGUGGUGGGUGUUCUGGACAAGGAUCUACCUGCCCCGUUCAGUAUCGAGUACCCAGACUUGUACCGUCGUGGGCCGGACCGCUUCUUCUUCAACAUGUACACGUUCUGCCGCUGGAUCGCCGCUGCAUUCUACGAGUCUUUGAUCAUAUUUGUGGUCAUGUCGUACGGCUUCAACGCAUCGGAGAAAUCGGCAGGCAGCGAGUCGCGUGUGGAGUUCGGGAUGGUCGCGUUCUCGCUGACGGUUCUCAUUGUGAACAUCAAGAUCUGGAUGAUCGCCGACCGGUGGACGCUGCUGUCGUUCUCGCUCUGGUUCGGCAGUGUUAUGUCGUGGUUCGGCUUCGCUGCGAUAGGUACAGAGACGCCCUACUUUGCCACAUUUAAGAUCGGAUACGACGAGUUCGGUGCCUUCGCCCCCACAGCUAAGACGUGGGGCUACUUUCUGGUGCUCAUCAUGGGCUGCUCGCUGGCACUCGGACGACAUGUUGCGUACAAUUUGUACCAACGGACAUUCCAUCCGGAUCUGGCGCAACUGUUGCAAGAAUCGAUGGGUGGAGGCUCGCAACGCAAAUAUCAGCGACGUCUGACAAUUAACCACAUGGAGGAACAGACCCUGUCCAUGUCAUUGGACGAUGUCCACACCACCGGGUAUCUGAGCGACUUUGGCCACUCCGACGCGGAGAUUCUCAAGGCGCAACACCCGCAAAGCUUCGCGGCGACACUGUACGAACAGCAGCCGAAGAAGAGCGCGUCAAACGUCGGCACAUCGGCGCCUCAGUCGACUAGUUCGGGUGUUACCGAUAGCUACUCGGCUAGUGUGUUUAGCGAGUCCAUCUCGGAGGACGCGACGUGGGAGCGGGUCCCGACCAAGAUGUUUCGCGGGACGACAGGCCGCCGCAACACGGGAUUUGCCUUCAGUUGCGACGAGGAAACGACGUUAGCCGAGUCGUAUAUCGCCUCAAACUCGUUGCCGCGUUCGGACGCCAUCUCGACUGCCAUGCGCAACUCCACCAGCUCAACAGGAGGCGCCAGUGCGGGUCGCGUCUCCAUGGGCCGCGUGCGCUUGCUGUCCUAG